CCUUUCGCAGUUUGUUUCAUCAGCCACGAGAUUCACCAUCCAGCCGACAGAAGAGUUUCUCUCCAGCGAUUCUGGACAAAAUGGGAGACCCUGUAACCGAGUACACAACCCGACUGCAACAACAGGAGCGGGAGAUCCAGAGUCUCUCUGCAGAGAUUGAGAGUCUAAAAAAUCCACAGAAUCUGAGUCCAUCUUCACGUUUGGAUGAGCUGCGGGAUGAGAACACCAAGCUGAAAUACCGUCUUAAUGUCCUAAAGAGGAGCCUGCAGGAGGAGAGGACGACUUACUGCGGCAAAUCCAUGAUGAACAUCAACCAGAGGCUUCAGGAGAUUUUCGGCGAGGCCAUUCGGGCUGCCUGCCCCGAGCUGGACAACCCUCCACUGUCUGUUGCACCCAACCAACAGGCCAAGUUUGGAGACUACCAGUGCAACAGUGCCAUGGCCAUGGCCCAGAUGCUGAAGGCACAGGGAAUGAAAAUCAACCCGCGGGAAAUUGCAGAGAAGAUCAUCCAGAAUCUGCCAGACAAUGAACUUGUUGAGAAAACUGAAAUCGCCGGACCAGGGUUCAUCAACAUCCACCUGAAGAAGGUGUUUGUUUCCAAGCUUUUGAGCAACCUGCUGAUCAACGGAGUGCAGCCUCCGCCACUGGCCUCCAGGAAGAAGGUCGUGCUGGAUUUUUCCUCUCCCAACAUUGCCAAAGAGAUGCAUGUGGGCCACCUGCGCUCCACCAUCAUCGGGGAAAGCAUGAGUCGUCUGUUUGAGUUUUUGGGCCACGACGUUCUCAGGUUGAACCAUGUGGGAGACUGGGGAACCCAGUUUGGUAUGCUGAUUGCCCACCUGCAGGAUAAAUUCCCAAACUACCUAACCGUCUCCCCGCCCAUUAGUGACCUGCAGGCCUUCUACAAGGAGUCGAAAAAGCGCUUCGACGAGGAGGAGGACUUUAAGAAGCGAGCGUAUCAGUGUGUCGUCAGACUGCAGAGCAAAGAGCCUGACUUCAUUAAAGCCUGGAGACUCAUCUGUGAUGUUUCCAGGAAAGAGUUUCAGAAGGUUUAUGACUGCUUGGAUGUCACACUCGUCGAGAGAGGAGAGUCGUUCUACCAGGAAAUGAUGGGAAACGUGGUGAAGGAAUUUGAGGAGAAAGGCUUGGUGGAGCUGGAUGAGGGUAGGAAGCUUGUUUUCGUCCCAGGUCAGUCCAUCCCCCUCACCAUUGUCAAGUCAGAUGGCGGCUACACCUAUGACACGUCAGACCUCGCAGCCCUGAGGCAGCGGCUGUUUGAUGAGAAAGGUGACAUCCUCAUCUACGUCGUCGACAGUGGACAGGGCACGCACUUCCAGGUGGUGUUUGCUGCGGCUCGGAUGAUUGGCUGGUACGACCCCCAGGUGACCCGGGUGGAGCAUGCCGGCUUUGGUGUGGUGUUGGGGGAAGACAAGAAGAAGUUUAAGACCCGGUCAGGAGACACAGUGAGGCUGAUGGACCUGCUGGAGGAGGGACUGAAGAGGUCCAUGGACAAACUGAAGGAGAAGGAGAGAGACAAGGUCCUGACCCCGGAGGAGCUGACCAAAGCUCAGAGGUCCGUCGCUUUUGGCUGCAUCAAAUACGCUGACCUCUCCCACAACCGCAUCAACGACUACGUCUUCUCAUUUGACAAGAUGCUGGAUGACCGAGGCAACACGGCGGCGUACCUCCUCUACGCCUUCACCCGCAUCAAGUCCAUAGCCCGUCUGGCUAACAUUGAUGAGGCUGCACUGAGGAAAGCAGCAGAGACCUCGGAGAUCCUCCUGGACCACGAGAAGGAGUGGAAGCUGGGGAAAUGCAUCCUCCGCUUCCCAGAGAUCCUGCAGAAGAUCCUGGACGACCUGCUGCUCCACACGCUCUGCGACUACCUGUACGAGCUCGCCACCACCUUCACAGAGUUCUACGACAGCUGCUACUGCGUGGAGAAGGACAGACAGACAGGUGAGGUGGUAAAAGUCAACAUGUGGAGGAUGCUGCUCUGUGAAGCCACGGCAGCCAUCAUGGCCAAAUGCUUUGACAUCCUUGGAAUCAACCCUGUCGGGAGGAUGUGAUUUCACAGUCAUCCACCCUGCCUCUGUCUUUUUCCCUUCUGCAUCCAAGUUCACCAGCAUCCAAAACGAAAAGGAAGUAGAGGUGACAACAUGACACUUAACAGUAAAGAAAAAAAUUGUGAGUCUGUGUCACUCACAUCACAGCAGAACUGACUGGACUUUUAAGAAUUCAUUUCCACAGAGUUAUUAUUUCCAUCCUGGGAGGAAUAAAUACUUAAGUCCAUUAUUUAACAUCUCAUGUAAGGGAUCUUUUUUAUUAAAGAACCGAUAUGAAAGCAA